AUGUCAAAGAGAGCAGCAGAUUUUCAAUUAACUAGUGAGAAUUAUGAUUUAGAGGAGAGGAGGUUGCGCACAUCAAUUUCAUCUAAAGAGAAUGAUAAAGAUGAGCAAGAGGGAGAUGUUUUAGAAAAUAAGGAGGAGAUAGGUGCAAGAAAGAUGGUUAGAAUACGAAAAAGAUACGAUGAUUUUGGAAGUGUUGGAAAUAUACUUACACCUGACACUAUAACGAAUUCUGAGGCUGUUUCCACUUCAACCUAUGGGGGAGACUCAAAAGAUGAAAAGUUGGGAGUUAGUGAAGAUAAAGAUUGUUUGACUCAAAAACAGAACAAAGGCCAGAAGAUGGGAGAAGAAGAAGUGGAAAGGCUCAAGGUUGAAAUAGAUAAAAAAGAAGAGAUGGAAAACCAAAAGGAAGGAGAAAACCAAAAGGAGGGAGAAAACCAAAAGGAAGGAGAAAACCAAAAGGAAGGAGAAAACCAAAAAGAAGGAGAAAACCAAAAGGAAGGGGUAAAUCAAAAGAGAGAAGAACAGAAGGAAAAAGAGGACCAGAAGAAAGGCGAGGAUAAAGAGGAAGUUCUUCCAUUUGGGAACUCGGGGUUUAGUAGUAGUUUCAAAAAUCCGUUUAUAUCUUUGGCUGAAAGCAAUGAAAAUAGUAACUUUUUAUUUUCAGGUUUCAGUGGAAGUGACAAGAACAAUGGAAUGGCCAUGUUUGGAGCGUGUUGCGAAGAAAAAAAUACUAUUGUGGGAGCUGGAGGCGAGGAAGGAGAGGAAGAGGGGACAAAUGAGGAGCCUGAACUAGAAAGCAAAGCUUUCACAGGCGAAGAGCAUGAGGAAACGGUAUAUCAAUGUAAAAACGCAGAUUUAUUUAUGUUAAAAGUUUUAGAAAAUGAAGAGAAAUCAUUUAAGAAGUUGGCAACUGGUAUAAUUCACUUAAAUAUUCCAAAAGACCGUGAAAUUUCUGAGCAGUCAGGAACUUCUGAUGAAAAAGAAGUGUUUGACACUGAGACUAAUUCAAAAUCCACUGAUCAGGUUUCAAAUAGUACUCAGCCCAGAAUGAUCUUCCGCCAAAAGGGUAUUUAUAAAGUACUUCUGAAUUCUCCUUUGAAUCUUGAAAUUUCAAAAACUUUUCAAAGGAAUAGCAAUAUACGUAAGGGUUAUGCUGUCAAUUUUAUAGCCAUUGGCCAAGAUUCAGAAAUUCAACAAUGUAUGCUCAGAUUCCAAAAUGAGUCAGAUUUAACUGAAUUGAUUGAUAAGGUUCACCAAAUUGUUGAUAAAUACUGCUCUAGGACUGAAUAA